AUGGCGGACGAAAGCUUAGCACCUUUUCACCGGAAUCGAAAGAGAUUGCCUUGGAAACAGCGUCAGCAUGAAUCUUCCAGUAAAGCCAAUCAACAGCUCGUCAAGAUGAAGCAGCCAUCGUCUUCUGGUGGAACCGACCUUCGAAUCUCUUCACCCAACAUUUUGACUCGAAAUGGAAUCGAAGUGGCUACACAACUAGAGGAUCUUAAGGCACUGGAAGCUGCAAAGAGAGCAAAGGAGGCAUCCCUUAAACUCGCUGAGUCACGACUAGAAAAUAGACUAUCUCGCCCGGGGAACGAAAAUGGUGAUGACGCCGCCCAGCAUGGCCUAAGAGGAGAGGUGUCCACUCUCAAUCAAUCAAUUGAGGUUCUCGAAGAACAGAUCGAUAAAGGAAGGUAA